AUGGAAGUCCUGGCCUCAGAUGAGGGUGGACUGUGCGCGAUAUCGCCGAAUAAAGGCCUGUACGCCUUUGUGAAAAAGGGCAUAGUCGUUGUGUUUAUGGAUUACAUCCGGCGUACGAGUGGAAUGGGGAAUGACACCCCCUCAGGUGGCGAGGGUGUUGAUCCUCUUUUUGAGGACGCGGAGUUUCCGAAACACCGCACAGGCGAUGCGGUCAUUUCCACCCACACGGCGUUGGACGAGAUCCAUGAACUGCAGUGGUCACCGGACAGUACGCUUGUGACGCUGCUACUGGCGCAACGAAGGAUUGUGGAAAUUGUGAGUGUAUACGGCAAGUGUUGUGUGGCCCGUAUUGAUGCCGGGAUUUCGGGAAUGCGUGCGGUACUGUGGCAUCCAUCAUCGCGCGCGGUUUACUGGCUGGGAUUGCUCCAGGCGCAUGUCAUCUCUCUUGUAGACAGUCAAGUGAUGCGCCUUGCAGGGAGUGUGAAGUAUUCGACUCAGCUCGCAGCAAGGAAGCUUUCAUCGAAGUUCUUCUCCCACGGCGACCCCAACUCCUCUCUUUCCUCAAGGAUGAGUGACCCUGUGAGUGAAGCCGCCUUGAUUCGUUUUUCUACCUGCCACCGAUUUCUGCUUUACUUAACGCCCAAGUCACUCCACUCACCGCUUUCAAAAAACCAGGAGGGGCAGGCGGUCCCAUCGCGUGGGUUGAACGGUGACGUCACGCCCACACCUCCAGGAGAGCCGGAUGACAAUGAGAAUUGUGCGAGCUCCCGUCCACAGCGUAGUGAAUGGCUUGUUGUUGCCUCGGCGACGACUCACGAGGAGUUACACGCCUUCCCAACGGGAUCGUUUGUGGAAAAAGUUUCGGACUUUAUUCCACUGGAGUGUGGGAUUGCACUGGUGGAUUAUAUUCACGGCUCGAUGGCGUUGAUACCAUAUAAUGGCACGGCCAUGUUGCAUUACGAGCCCUCCGGUGUGAAAAAUGUGGUUUCCUCUAAAAAUGGCACUGUGCUUCUUGUCAUAUUUGCCGAUGCCUGUCGUCCUGUUCUUGUGCGGAGGAAUCGUAUUUUGGUCUUGCGACGCAUUAGCUUUCAGGAAGAUGUCAUUUUGCCUCUGAAGCUACGAGAAUUGCAUCUUUUGAAGGAACCGUCUUUGGCGGAAGGAUUCCCGUUGGUUACUGUUUCACGCGCAGAUGAGUCCUGUCAGCAGGACGUAGACAUUCUCACAGAGCCAAAUAAAUGUCAUGACUGGACACAAGGAAGGGGGAUGGAAGCCUUCUUGCAUGGUCAUGCAGAGAUCAGCGCGUCUGGUCAGAUUGCUGCUGUCACUUUAGCAAGGUGGCCAUCGUGGGUGUUGCUUAUUGAUAUUCUUGGCCAGCGAGUGACGGAGGUACUUCGCCACAAUGAGCCCGUUGUGGGGCUUUGCUGGAGUCCGUUGCCAAGUUCGGAGUAUUGGCGUUUCCAGCGGCGUUAUUACAUGGGGCAAAACGGAGGCACCGUGGGAGCGGACGGCGCUGGCGACGGUGCCGUCAAGGGAAAGACGAUCAUUCCAGGGCAGGAGGAACCUCUGCUCGUGAUGACGGACAAUCACCAGGCAAAGGUGUUUUUCUGGCUUGCCAACUAUGCCACGUGCUUCGUGGCAUCUCGUGAAGGGUGUGUGGAUGAGAUGGAUGCCAGACGCAGAAGAAAACAGCGGGCGGAUGCAUCCUGCGGUUGUGAAGGCGGCUUUCCGGCGCUACGGCUAAACCGCGGUAUGUUUGGUGAAUCUGCGGCAACUGCGGUGUUGGUGGAUGAUGUACGAGGGAUAGCCCUGACGGUUGCUUUCCGCAUGAAUGAAUCCAAUCAAUGA